AUGGUAACUUUUGCCCUCCUCGGUGCCGCCACAGCUGCGCCAACUUCCACUCUUGAUCAAAAGUCAACCGGAUCCAUUGCUAAGCGCACUUCCAUCACGGAGACUUGCAAUAUUGGAUACGCUAGCACCAACGGAGGGACGACUGGUGGCGAGGGCGGAUCAACGGCCACCGUCUCUACCCUGACUCAGUUCACCAAGGCUGCCGAGUCGAGCAGCAAGUUCAACAUUGACGUCAAAGGCUCCAUCUCUGGCAGCGCAAAAGUACGUGUUGCUGCAGACAAGACCAUUGUGGGUCAGAAGGGGUCCAAGAUCACUGGUGCCGGCCUAUACAUCAAGGGCUUCUCCAACGUCAUUGUUCGUAAUCUCGCCAUCUCGAAGGUCAAGGAGGCCUAUGGCAACGCCAUCGGUAUCGAGUCCUCCACGAAUGUCUGGAUUGACCACGUUGAUGUAUCAUCCGACAUGAGCAGUGGAAAAGACUACUACGAUGGGCUCAUCGACAUCACCAGAGAUUCUGACUGGAUCACCAUUUUCAACUCCGAUAAGGGCAAACUCCACGUUACCUAUGCAAACAACGACUGGAACAAUGUCAACUUGCGAAAUCCUUCGAUGCGCUUCGGUACUGUGCACAUUUACAAUAACUCCUACAACAGAGUCGGCAGCACAGGUGUGAACACUCGAAUGAGUGCCCGAGUCCAUGUCGAGUCCUCUGUUUUUGAGAAUUCGAGCAAGAAGGUCAUCUUGUUCGCCGACUUCAGCCAGACCGGCUACGCCACAGUCUCCGAUAUGUCAUACGGUAGGGGAGAGAACACAGCGCCUAAGGGUGACUUUGGUUCUAGCAAAAUCCCUUACAGCUUUUUACUUUACGGAAAAGCCAACGUCAAGAGCAAGGUUCUGGGAACGGCAGGACAGACUCUAAGCCUUUGA